CAUAAUUUCUACUAGACGAAAAUAAACAUUCUGAUUACAUUGAAAACUAUAUCAUUCUCAGUUCAUGAUGACACAAUUUAAAAUCAAAGAAGAUAUAUGAGUUGAACAGAUGUUUUUUUCUGCAGCUCAUAAUCUGAAAUUUCUCUAUUCAAAAUGUUGGUCUGGAUUACCUAUCAUUUGUAUAAGUAUCCUCUGGUUCUUCCAGAGAAUCCAACCAUUCAAAACAUCAAAGAAGAAAUUCGAGAUGAGAAGUACCUUAAAUUUGCAGUGAAGGACCAACAACUAUUCUGCAAUAGUACCAUGCUGGAAAAUGAAAAGAAAGUUGAAGAUUAUGGAAUUACAUCUGAUUCUGAUAUCCUUCUUCGUGUUAUUAGGGGCGUGCAGAUUGAUUAUAACUCUCAGAGAUUUAGUGUGAUGACUUGGGAUGACGAUACAGUUUCGAAACUCAAGAACAUAGUUGCAGCCCUGAUUCGUAUUCGUGCGGCGAAGCUGUUGCUGCAUUACGAUAAUAAAGAGUUGCAAAAUGAUGAAGAUAUCUCAAUUAUUUCUGUUGGGAAUACUGUUUUUGUGACUGUGAAAUUUGUCGUUCAAAUUUUUGGAUUUAAACGCAUAUAUACCUUAGAAGUCCAUAACAUGAUGAAAGUUGCAGAAUUGAAGCAGAAACUUCAGACUCAAUAUGCACUCAACUGUACAAAAAUUACUCUACAACUUGGCGAUGUGUCUAGAACUUUUCUCGAUGAUUGUGCUUAUCUGAAUGCUUAUGACAUUAAAGAUGGAACUAUAAUCCAUGCAACUGUUAGUGGAGCUUAAGUAAAUUUAUGUUAGUUUAUCAUAUAGUCUGUAACUAACAUAUGGUCUGUAAUCAUACCAGAAGCUUUUAUCGGACUCAAUAAAUUGAUUUCUUCAA